AAGUACGUUGUCAAUAACACAAUAAAUUUUUUUUUUAGGGAUGGACAUAUAAGGGCUUUUCAUUUUAAUGUUUUUUUUUUAUUUCAUUUCUUUUUUUCUUUUUUUCCUAUUCAUUUAUUUUCAUGUAUAUAUACCCUUUUCUCUCUUUAUAAAUAAAAUCAAAAUGCAUCGUUCUUCAGAAAACACAUUAGACACCAGUCGAGGAUUGUUUCCAUGGCUACGAAGGAAGGAAAGCAGCUGGUCUCUUCGCUCCUUGUCGAAAAUGACACGAUUCAACUCGGUGUCGACUGUUUCGUUGCCACUUUCGGAUACGGCGUCCAGUCUUUCAUCGGCAUCGACUAUACAAGAUGAAGAAAUGAAACAAGAAGCACCCCCUAGUUAUGAUGAUAAAUCGCACCCGUGGACAUUUCAGCUUCCAAAAUCAUUGUUAAAUAGAACCAUCUUACCACGCGAAGAAGAAGGAAAAGAAUCAUUACCAGAUUAUGAAUGUACAGUACAAAGAAUGUGUUAUGUAAAAGUCAAGUGUGAGCUAUCCAAGCCUGGAGUGAAAUCAAGAAGCAGAUCCUGGAGAUAUUAUUAUAUUCAGAUCUACGGCACUAAAAUAAUGGCAUUCACAAGCUGUCCCAACAGACGGAAAUCCGUACCUGUCUGGUCACACUCGAUGCAAGGUGCGGAAGCACUGGUGGCAACCGACUAUUUAAAAGAACGCCAUGUCAUUCGUCUGCGAAUACAAAACGGUCCUCAGUACCUGAUUACAACUCAGUCUGAAAAGGACAAGACAGACUGGAUCAUUGCCAUGGAAUCCGCAAUAAAUAUCAGUUCAGAUUUGGAUGUGAGAUCUAUGCCACAAUUCAUUACCUUGCUUACUCGUAGACGUCGUCGAGAUUUAAACACUACUACACAAUUACCGCCUUCAGAUAACCCAGCGGAUGCUCCACUACUGUAACACCUUCUAUUUAUAUACCUUUCUUUUCUUUUUUCUCUUUUUAUACAUAUACACAGAACUCUUUUAUUCUAGCCAAUCAAAUCAUUAAAAAAAGCCUACCCUUCAUCCUCCCUCAUAUGAAAGUCUUUAAAAAACAUGUCAAAUGUACUUCUUUUUAGUCACGUGAUUGGUUUUUUUUAUUGUGGUCCUACCAAGAUAAAGUCUAAGAGUAUGAUGGUAUAGAUUUCACCGUUUUCAAUCAUAUGUAAACACUCAAAUAUACGGGUGACUUUUUCCAUAAUACAAAUUAUCAGUCAGUAAAUUAAACUCGUUCUUUUCCC